AUGCCAGUCCAAAUCCAUACAUUCGAUCCUGAUUUCGAUCUAACUCUGGUUCUUAUCGAAAAGCCUCCGCUCGACGUCAAGAAUCGUGAACUCUACUUGUUCUACGAUCGUCAGCUCGUUGACGAUUGGUGGAAACCCGACAUGAUCAAAUACCAUCUUCAGGUCUCCUCCAAACACCUAAUCCUCGCAUCCAAACCAUUUCGAGUAAUGCUCCAAUCCCCAUAUUUCGCCGAGGGCGAGGCUUUACGUUCUGGUAAAGGCGCGGAGGUCCAACUUCCUGACGACGAACCGUCUUUGCCAUUACAACCUCCCCUGUUCAGCGACAGCAAACACGAACCACGCGAAAUUCGGCAAAGUAUCAAGAUGCUGCUUGAAAUUUCGAUUUUGGUUGACAAGUACAUGUUAGAGGAAGCAGCAGUGCCGUUUGCGAAAUUGUGGAUGCAGGUCUUGCCUCGGGCGUGGAGUGUCUCUUGCCCGAAAAUCAUGGUGGCACAAUUGUACAUUGCUUGGGCUUUCAAACUGGAUACCUUUCAUGAGUGGGCACAGAGUGUUGUGAGAAGGACUAGUGAAGAGGAGUUUGAAAAAGCGGUGGACAUGUAUGAUGGAAUUUUGAUGCUUCCGGAUCAUCUCUUAAAAGGUGUUAGUAACAAAAGAAGCGCGAUUCUGGAUAAAGCUAUGAACGUUACCCGUACUUGGAUCAAAUCAAUAGAAGAGAGGUUCCGGACCGCGACGAAGCAAAUUAUGGAUACUAAUGAGAUACUGCGUCUCUCUUCAGAAGCCACAGGUUCCUUGAACGUAGGUAAAGGCCGCGUCGACAUUUCCAGGAGCCACAUCACAGAUACGGCGGAGGAGAAAAUGGCGAGAUCAGCCCUUACGGUGGACCGAGAAACUAAAUCAAAGUAUCACGGCAUGUUGUUUUGGUACGAAGACCCUAACAGACUAGUACAACUUGUUGUUGCGUCCUACGAGGGCGGAAUUUUCCCAUUGCCUGAACAAAUAACAUUGAAGUUCGAUGAUUAUGUAGCUCGGAUUCAAUGUAUAUAUACACGGGGUUCAGGUUCAUUGAUGACCUUGUUGAGGGAUCAGGCAGUCUCCAUGGAAGACCAAGUCAUUGGCGUGGACCUCCCUAACUUCAAGCCAUCGUAUUCGGGGGAGUCCUGA